AUGUGUUAUCCUACUGAAGAAGGUGGUUUGGGCUUUAAAAGACUUUAUGACAUUUGCAAGGCCUUCAGUGCCAAGAGAUGGUGGAGGAUGAAGACCAUGAAUAACUUGUGGUCCAACUUUAUGAAGGCCAAAUAUUGUCCUAGAACCAAUAUGGUGGCCAAAGUUAUUAACUCAAAAAAUUUCAAUGCUUGGAGAAAUUUGCUUUAUAUUAGGCCAAUUGUGGAACAAAGUAUCAAAUGGAAAAUCAACGAAGGUAGUGCAUAUUUCUGGUGGGAUAACUGGCCUAAUAAGGGUCCUUUAGCCAAUAGAGUCCGAUUACAAAGAAAACCUGGCAGCAACACGGGGGUUCUUGAUUAUUGGUGGCAAACAAACGCUAGGAAUGAAGUACACAAGAUGCUCCUACACGUGGCUAUUUCCAAAAAAUACAGCAAGAUGGACAGUAAAUGGGGAUGGAGUACUAUAUGCUUGAUUGCUGAAAAUUAUAAACCAAGAAUCACUAGCAUCGUGGUCUAUUGGACAAGACCUCAAGGAAAUAUAUGGAAAUUGAAUACAGAUGAUAGCUGGACAAAGAUUGGCUGGAAUAGGAGGAAUCGUUAG